CUGAGGCAUAUAAGGCGCAACGGGAGCAGGGGCUCGUCCACACCAGGGUCCGGAGGAGCGAUGGUCACCCGGGAUCGAGCCGAGAAUAGGGACGGCCCCAAGAUGCUGAAGCCGCUAGUGGAGAAGCGGCGCCGAGAUCGCAUCAACCGCAGCCUAGAAGAGCUGAGGCUGCUGCUGCUGGAGCGGACCCGGGACCAGAACCUCCGGAACCCGAAGCUGGAGAAAGCAGAGAUACUGGAGUUCGCCGUGGGCUACUUGAGGGAGCGAAGCCGGGUGGAGCCCCCGGGGGUCCCCCGGUUCCCAGCCCAGGACGCCGAGGCGCUCGCCAGCUGCUACUUGUCCGGUUUCCGGGAGUGCCUGCUUCGCCUGGCGGCUUUCGCGCACGACGCCAGCCCGGCCGCCCGUGCCCAGCUCUUCUCCGCGCUGCAUGUCUACCUGCGCCCCAAGCCGCCCCGGCCGGAACCCAUCGAUCCGAGGCCCCAAGCAUCGCGCCCACCGCUGGACCCCGCCGCCCCGGCGCCUGGCCCGCGCUGACCAGCGCCCCCAGUGCACCAGGGCUCCCCUAGCCCUGGCUGCGCCUGGUCCCCGUCCCCUUGCUCCCCCCACGCCGGGGAUUCCGGCGAGCCGGCACCCCUCACCGGACUGCAGCCGCCGCCUCCGCCUCCUUACAGACAAGACGGGGCGCCCAAGGCCCCGCCGCUCCCGCCGCCCGCUUUCUGGAGACCUUGGCCCUAAGCUUUGGGGGGUGGGGGCGGGGCUGGGGGUAGGGUAGAGACUCCAGCCUAAGGGCAGCAGAGGGAUCCGGGAGUCCGGGCGAGGAGGUGUUGGGGAGGGCGGCGGGGCGCGCGGGCGCAGCGCGCGGGUGAGAUGUGGUCUAUAUUAGAGUAUCUAUAUAAAUAUAUAUUUUCCUGGUUCCUGUCCCUUUCCCCUGCCCCCCUUGCGUCUAGGAUUGUACCCUCUCUGUCCCAGCCCAGCCCCAACCCCUUCUCGAGUCCCUAGUGCAUGGAAUAAAGUGGUUAUUAAAUCCC